AUGUUUCAAACAUAUAUCAAACUAUUAAUCCUGUCUGUUUACAUCUAUCUAUCUAUCUAUGUCCUUCUGUGUCUAUCUAUCUAUGUCAUUCUGUGUCUAUCUAUCUAUCUAUGUCAUUCUGUGUCUAUCUAUCUAUCUAUCUAUGUCAUUCUGUGUCUAUCUAUCUAUCUAUCUAUCUAUCUAUGUCAUUCUGUGUCUAUCUAUCUAUCUAUCUAUGUCAUUCUGUGUCUAUCUAUCUAUCUAUCUAUCUAUCUAUGUCAUUCUGUGUCUAUCUAUCUAUCUAUCUAUCUAUCUAUGUCAUUCUGUGUCUAUCUAUCUAUCUAUCUAUCUAUGUCAUUCUGUGUCUAUCUAUCUAUCUAUCUAUCUAUCUAUUCAUCGCGGUCUUUCCAUGAUCUGUCUGUCUGUCUGUCUGUUUUAUUCGAUUGCUGUUUCAUUGGGAUUAUAAGUCCUUUAUCCCUGUUGAAUAAGUGGCAUUCCUUGUCAUUUAUUUCACUUCGUGCCAAGUCCUGUUUAUUCUCUCUAUCAAUCUAUUUGUCUCUCUAUAACAGCCUGUAUCAGUAUUUUAUCUAUCUAUAUGGUAAACAAAAGCAAACUAUUCAAAUCUAA